GUUUCCUGGAGGGUGAAGAAGAUGUCAUCGAGCCGCAGGCACCACCUCAAGAGUUUGAUCCUGCAGAUUGCAGCCAAAUGGCUAGAGCAGGAAGCAAGCAACAUUGCCUCCACUAAGGCAGCUCACAUAUCUGAGUCAUGCCCAGCCCCAGACCUUCGCGGAGACCAGGCAUCACUCGUGGAAAUCUGCAAGAAGAUGGCUCACAUGAUAGACAACAUCGACGAGGAGCGAUAUGACUUCGAAGCCAAAGUGAUCAAGACAGACAAAGAGAUUCAAGACCUGAAGAUGAAGGUGAUUGAGCUGGCUGGUGUCAAGAAGCCAGCUCUGAAGAAGGUACGCAUGUCCGCUGAUGCCAUGUUGCAGGCGCUGCUGGGAGGAAGGCAUAAAGUCACCUUGGACCUUCGGUCCAACCUCAAGCAGGUCAAGAAGGAAGUCAAGGAGGAGGCGGUGGAGGCAGUGGGAGACUGGCGUAAGAACGUUGAGGACAAAGCAGAUAGGAAGAAAAUGUUUGAGGCAUCAUAG